AUGGAUGUUAUAGGAUUCGGUUUUCGUCCCACGGAAGAAGAACUUGUGGACUAUUACCUCAGACAUAGGUUGCUCGGUAAUGAUCCACAAGGCCACGUCAUCCCCGACAUUGACCUUUGUCAAGUGGAACCUUGGGACGUGCCAAUGUAUUUCGAGGAAUCAGAUGCACAAUUCGAUUUCCCAGAAUGGUUUUUCUUUAGUCCUGUUGAUUUCAAGUAUCCAAACAGUAAAAGGAUUAACCGGACAACCAAGUGUGGCUUCUGGAAACCCACCGGAAAAGAUCGUGAGAUUAGAAGCUCCGACUCCAACACUCUCAUUGCCACAAAGAAGACUCUUGUUUACUACAAAGGUCGCGUUUCACGUGGUCAGAAAUCCAACUGGGUUAUUCACGAAUACCAUGCUGUCACCUUUCACCAAAGCCAGAGGACUUUUGUUUUGUGUCGUCUGAUGAAGAAACCUGGGGGAACAACUGAAGGUGGGAGUGAUGAAGGGGAGAGCAGUAGAAUCAUGGUUUCUGGCUAUCAGAAUCACUCAAUAGGAACCACCUUUCAGCAAGACCAAACGUCUUUUCCAAACCCCUCAUUUUACGAUGCCUAUUUUAGAAAUGAAUCUAACAUUGAGCACAAUUCAUAUGAAAAUACCCAGGAACAGGAAUUCGUGAAUUCUUUUCUUGUUCAGGACAAUUAUAUUAACAAUGAAGAAAGUACAAAUACCUACUUCAAUACUUUCACCCAAUCGGAGUCAUUGAGAAAGGUAUAUGAUACAGAUGCCGAGGCCGUCUCUCAACAGGUAAACAUAUGUUGUCCAAAUUUUUCCAAUCAUACAGUGAGCAUCUCCAUCUGUUUCUGAACUGUCCUAUUACUUUAGAUUUGAUUUCUUUAUUUUGAACACUUUGAAUAUAUCUGUCUAUUUUCUUCCGAAAUCACUGCAGGGUGAUAAUAUUAUGGAUAUUCCAACAGUGUUUACUAGAUAUCUUAACUUAGACGAAUACCAUUCAUCAAAAGGGUUUGAUUCCGAAUUAUCAAACGCUGAUGUCCAUGACGGUGUAUGUAUGCCAUCUCCUAUCCAUGAAAAAAAACAAGAGAAAAAGAAGAAAAAGAAGAGCAUAUUUUCUUUCUUCUGAUCAUCACAGAGGAAGGUUUCAAACAAUGCAGUAUUCCAUGUAGAGGCUGGGAAGGAUUUUCUCAUUGUGAAUCAGAAGAAAAAUAGUUCAAGAGCCAGAAGCCAUCAAUCUUGUGAUAACAAUAGAAAAGGUUCUUUCAUCUAUAUGGAGACAACUUCGUGAAGCCAAAGCCUAUUUCCACAAUUGUUAUGUCUUGUCAACGUAGUUUUAAGGGUUUUUAUGUGUGUUUGAAGAUGUUAGUUGGGAAGUAUUAUCUCAUGUUACAACUUAAGUACAUGUAGUAGUAGUACAUGGUGAGUGCUACCACAGUUCCUUUUCCCGUAGUGUGACUACGUGGAAAACUCUGUUUUAAGAAUUUCAUGAUUGUAAGAUAGAUAUGUAAGACAUGUAGUUUGCAUUGAUGGAUGCUCACGGCAUCUUUCUUAAUCUAAUGAAAUAUGU